AAAACGGUGGCGCGUUCCAGUAGAUUUUUGCCUUUCCUCCCAAUUCAUUACCGGAAGUCACUAUGAUUGUCAAAGCAAUUCUCCUGGUUGUAAUCGCUGGCUGCAUGCAGAGCAGCACCGCUAAAUGGACAUCCUACGGGAGUGAUUUCGAAUUCGAAUGUCCAAGUCUCCAUCAUCUCACCAGGAUGAGCAGCCAAUACAAUGGUAGAAACGACAGAAAAUGGGAGUACGGAUGUACGGAGGGAUUCGUGGGAGAGGAUUGUAAAUGGAGCGAAAAUGUGGUCGACGACGAAGGUGGCAGCAAUAUCUUCUACUGCGGCAAUGAUGAGGAUGAUGAUAUUGACACAAUCUCGAAUCCAAGAGUCAAGCCAGUUAUAACCGGUCUCAAGUCUCGUUACAACGGUGGUAAGGGAAGGAUCUGGACCUACAAAUGCUGUAAGCUUAAUACGAAACCUGCAACUGAAUGUAGAACUGAGCGUGACAUCAACCAGUGGGGUAAAACCAUGGAAAAAGACUUUCAGGUCGAUCGAGCGAUGUACGGACUCACCUCGUUCGUCCCGCAGGACAAAUGGGAACGGCGUAACAGAGCCGACCGCAUAUGGAACAUCAAUACCUGCAUAUACGUCAGUUGUCAGGUUAGGAAGCUCGAAGUAGUGAAUCCAAUUCAAACCGUCGAUGAAGGAAUGCAAAUAAUAGGGAUCGCAUCAGACCAGACUUGCAGUAGCGAUACGUCAACGCUCAAAUUAUACAGAACCGACUCCGUAACCCGAACUGCGGCUUUUACCAUAGCAGAUGGCCGUGAAUUCAACUGGGCUAGUACGCUCUCAGUCGGUGCCGAAGUAUCUGUUGGAUUCCUUGGCGCUGGUACGAAAUUUAACUAUGGUGUGGAACAUACACGAGGGGGAGCCACAACCAUUGAGACGGCGAAAACGGAUGAAACAAGCACAGGUUCGGAGGACUCGAUGGGUAAGGAUUUGACAUACCAAGGUCCUGGUGCGGCUAUGAUCAUCGGCACCGUCAAUAGAUACAGACUCGACACAGACAACAUUGAUGUCAACUUGAUUUCUACCUGCGGCGAUGGUACCGAAUGGCGAAAGACGAGGAAGAUGAACUUGCGCGGUACGACCUACGGGAAAGCAUUUUACCGCACGAGACGGGCAACAUUCCUACCCGGGCGAUGUAGCUCAGCGUCAGAAACAUGCAUCGCCAAUAUAAGCGGAGGAAAUGACCCUGAUACAAUCUUUCGCCACUUUGUUAACUGUAUGGGCGAUGCACGUGAUGUUAGCAAACUUAUGUAUUGA